AUGUCCACGGUUCCCGGAUCCAAUCUCCAAAACAGCACAGGCGACAAAGCUGAACCUGUGCCUCCUCUGCCUAAAAGCGGCACACGAGGACACAUGUGGAGUGAAGUGUGGAAGUUGUGGCCUUGGCCACAAUUUUCUGCUUUGCUCCUCCAAAAGACCGCAGCCACCCACGAAGCGGCCAUACAAGAAGUAAGCACUCUCGCCAAUCGUCAACGCCGUCAUCGUCAUCAACAAGCCACAAGCCGUCAUCAAUGCACCUGCACCAAGCCGAAUUCUCAAGACACCAUCAGCAAUCCACUAACCCAACGUCAGCCCGCCACUCCACAAAACUUCGCAACAGUCCAGCCGUACGAAGAAAACCAUUUGUUGAAGUAG